UGGCGUGGGUUCAUCGUCGCUAAGUUUCUAAUUUCAAAGGCAAGAAGAAUCUCUAAUCCUUCACUCUCAUUCUCACCUUUCCUUUCUUUUCUUCUUCUGAUCUCUGUUGCUGUGUUUUCUUUCUUUUUUCUUUUUUUGUUUUGUUCUUACACUUGAAGCUUUCUCUUAUCCUCUCUUUAGUCUUUACCUCUUCAUUUCGAUUGUUUCUCCGAUUCCGAUCCCAAAAGAACUCCCUAAAUUUUGCGUUAAUCGAUUAGGAUUCUGGAAUUGGUAUAAUCUCCGUUGAAUAAAGCUCCAGAAACUGAAGCUAUUCAUGGUUUUAGCUGCGAUCGCUGAUUAGAAGCGAUUUUUCAUCAUUGAUCUGCUUACUCAAACAGCAGCUCGGAACUUUCAGGCUUGAAAGAGCUAAGAUGAUUUGUAUUCAAGAUACAAUGAUUUGCCCUGCUUUCCGUGCAAAACAAGUUGGGGUUUAUACCCUGCCGGUUAAUGGUCCUUUAAUGAGGGCAGGAUUGCCUAGGAGUGAUGUAUGGGGAUUCAAAAGGAUUAAUGGUGGCAAGAGUAAGUUAUCUGCCAUAACUCAUCGACUAAACAUGCGGAAGUGUAUGACAGUGCAGUGUACUUUCAGUUCCUCCUCAAAUGGUAAUGGGAGCAUGGCUGAGAAUUUUAACGAAAAUGAUGAGGAUUAUGUCAACUCUAGUGUAGUUGAAGCUGUUGAGGUGAAAAGUGGAGCAGAUGGUUUUGUGAUCAAAAUGAGGGAUGGUCGGCAUUUAAGGUGUGUCCAUAACAAUCCUCACGGUGGACAUCUGCCCAAUUAUGCACCUCACCCAGCUAUUGUACUGAAAAUGGAAGACGGGACCGGUCUUCUUCUUCCAAUUAUUGUUUUGGAGAUGCCCAGUGUGUUGCUCAUGGCAGCAUUGCACAAUGUCCAAAUUGCUAGACCUACAAUGUAUCAAGUGGUUAAGGAGAUGGUAGACAAAAUGGGGUAUACGGUGAGGCUUGUUAGAGUUACUAAAAGAGUGCAUGAGGCAUAUUUUGCUCAGUUAUACCUAACAAAGGUAGGUGAUGAGACACAGAGUGUCAUCUUUGACCUUAGACCCUCAGAUGCCAUCAACAUUGCUGUGAGAUGCAAGGUACCUAUACAAGUGAACAAGUACCUUGCAUAUAGUGAUGGGAUGCGAGUGGUUGAAUCUGGCAAGCUGCCAACCCAAUCCUUGGCUUCUGAUGGACCAUGUUUCACCGAACUGGACCGGAGAGGUUUGACUGAAAGUAAUACUGUUUCAGGCCCAGUGGUCAGCCUUGUCUUGAUACAAAAGAGAUCAAUCUUGUGAUCAACAUGGUGCAGGCUGUUGACCAGGAACGCUAUGGAGAUGCAGCUGAAUGGAGAGACAAACUCAGUCAAUUUCGGGCUAAAAGGAACUUGAGGAAAUUUACCUGACAGUUAUUCCUCAAGAGUUUAAUUGUAAAUAGAAAUCAUUGUUCCAAGCUGAUUGAAUCUACCGCAAGAAGCAGUAAUCAGUUAUUUCUCCCUUUCUCCGAUAUAUCUAUGUGCCAAGCCCCUGCAUAUAUGUAGAGAUAGACUUAUGGUGCUAUUGUAAUGGUGAAGCACAUCGAUUUAUGCUGAACUGAUUACCGCUUAUAUUACCUCAGUGGUAGGCUGUUCUUACGUUUGAUUUGUCUGUGGUCUGGUAAUUAUCAAUGCUGGCAUUUUUAUGUCAAUCUUUCAUUAGCUUCCUUGGUAGACUACUGCUGUUUAAAGAUUCGUGUUUAAUAACGGAUAGCUUGAAGUUUAGGUUCAAAGCUCAAGUAUUCGGCCGCUUGAGUAAAAUCGUGGUUGAUCC